AUGGACGCCGAUCAACCAGAUAUCGGCAUUCCACCUGAGCAUGAGGCUUCGUUCAAAGCAUUCAAGCAAUCAACCCAAGAAAAAGGGCUUUUGACUGGGCACAAUACCCUAGAAAGUCGGGACCUGUGCGACGGGCUAUCGGAUCCGACCACCCUUCUACGAUUUCUAGCCGCCCGUCAAUUCGACCCAGAUGGUGCUCUCAAGCAAUUUCAGGAGGCAUGUGAAUUCCGCGAAGAGAAACAUAUCCUUAGGUUGUACGAUUUAGUCGACAUUGACGAUUUCGAGCAAGCUCGUCAAAUUUACCCCCACUGGACUGGUCGUAGAGACAAAAAAGGAUUACCCAUUUGCAUGCUCGACGUGGGGCACCUUGACAAAGAUGCCCUUGCACGCUGGGAAACGACACGCAAAAGGAGUCGCUGGAUAUAUUCCCAAUUAGCAACGGUCGAACCGCCAAGUCCGGACAUGUUGCAAUUGGCCUCUGUGUACUAUGAUAGUCUCGCUCGAUUCAUCCUUCCGCUCUGCUCGAUGAUGACGGACAGGCCGAACCCUUCGGUCCCAGUCACCAAUGCGAUCUUUGUUGUGGAUGCAUCGAACUUGGGCUUGAAGCAGGCAUGGGGCUUGCGGUUCUUUGCUCAAGAGAUCAGUUGGUUGUUAUCAACAUGUUACCCAGAGACUAUUCAACGUGUCCUUGUAUGCAAUGCACCCUCGUAUUACAGAACGGUCUGGAAGUACCUCAAGGGUUGGGUCGACCCUUAUACUGCAGAAAAGAUCGUUGUGCUCUUGGAAGCGGAAGUCCUUCCUACACUCAGGGAGUACAUUGACGAUGCCAACAUCCCAACCAAGUUUGGCGGUAAAUUUCAAUAUACCCAUGGAAUGCUGCCAGAUCUCGACGAUAAUAUCCAGCAGUUUUUGAACUCCGAUUCCUCGACAUCUCUGCCUCCUGGUCCCUUGAAAUGGAUCCGAGACUCAGAUGGUAGACGAACUGCGUUGGCUGUUGGCAGCAAGGCCGGCUCUGAGAGAAGUGAUAAGAUUGCAACGGUUGACCGAAUUGGACAGUAA